UCGAGUCCAUUCAACAAUUUAUCUUUCUCUCUCUACCGACCCUUUUUCUUGUUUGUUUCUCUCUCUUCAGCUUCCACAUUCUUUUUCUUGUGCAAAGCAAAAUUGUACUGAGAGAGAGAAAGAGAGAGAGAGUGUGUGAGUUUUUUUGAACAACAAUGGAGUUUUCUUCUUCAAAAUGGGUUUUCAAUGUUUGUUUCUUUUUGUUGCUUUUUGUGUUCAUUGUUCAUGAUGAAGCUAUGGCUUCAUCACAGAUCUCUCAGUUUAGCAAUGUUGAAACUGAGACACAUAGGUUACCAAGCUUCAACGAUUCAUCAAUGGCGGCAAGGGAAAAACAAGCUGAGAAAUUGAAUGAGCGUGCUGCUGUGGCUAAUCCAAAAGAGGUGGCUUCUAUGGUUGAGAUGCACAUCCAGAACAGUACUGAAAGAAGGAAUCUUGGAUUUUUCUCGUGUGGAACCGGUAACCCUAUUGACGAUUGCUGGCGUUGUGACCGCAAUUGGCAACAAAACAGGAAGCGUCUAGCAGACUGUGGUAUUGGUUUCGGUAGAAACGCCAUUGGUGGUCGCGAUGGAAAGUACUAUGUUGUCACUGACCCAAGAGAUGAUGACCCUGUUAACCCUAGGCCAGGAACUUUGCGCCACGCCGUUAUCCAAGAUAGACCACUUUGGAUUGUGUUCAAGAGAGACAUGGUUAUUCAGUUUAAACAAGAGCUUAUUGUGAACAGUUUCAAGACAAUUGAUGGAAGAGGAGCUAAUGUGCAUAUUGCUAAUGGAGGGUGCAUUACUAUUCAGUAUGUUACUAAUGUUAUCAUUCAUGGUCUUCAUAUUCAUGAUUGUAAACCUACUGGUAAUGCUAUGGUGAGAAGCUCAGAAACACAUUUUGGUUGGAGGACUAUGGCUGAUGGUGAUGCUGUUUCUAUAUUUGGUUCAAGUCAUAUUUGGGUUGAUCAUAAUUCUCUUUCUCAUUGUGCUGAUGGUCUUGUUGAUGCUGUCAUGGGCUCAACAGCUAUAACAAUCUCUAACAACCACUUCACCCACCACAAUGAGGUGAUUCUGUUGGGACACAGUGACUCCUACACAAGAGACAAGCAGAUGCAAGUGACCAUAGCUUAUAACCAUUUUGGAGAGGGUCUUAUUCAGAGAAUGCCACGGUGUAGACAUGGUUAUUUCCAUGUGGUGAACAAUGACUAUACUCACUGGGAAAUGUAUGCUAUUGGUGGAAGUGCUGACCCCACAAUCAACAGCCAGGGUAACAGAUACAAUGCUCCUGUUAACCCUUUUGCCAAAGAGGUAACUAAGAGAGUGGAAACAGCUGAAACUCAGUGGAAAGGUUGGAAUUGGAGAUCAGAGGGAGACUUAUAUCUAAAUGGUGCAUAUUUCACAGCAUCUGGUGCUGGAGCUUCAGCUAGCUAUGCAAGAGCCUCUAGCUUAGGAGCAAAAUCUUCUGCAAUGGUUGGUACAAUGACUUCAAAUGCUGGUGCACUAGGCUGCAAAAGAGGACGUCAGUGCUAACAAAAAUUCCAAGGAAACAAACAACCAUUUUUCUGUGUUUGAUUUUUCAGUUUUUCUUUCUUCUUUUUUACCAUAUGAUAGUAUCAUAUGUCAUAUCCAUUGCUUAUUUUUCAUCAGCAUCAUAUCCUGCAUUCUUGACAAGUGUACAUUUAUUACACAUGUCACUAUGUUAUUAUUGUGUGUCAAAACCAAAACCAAAACCUUAGCUGCUCAACUUGCUCCAGCUGCAAACAAACAAUGUAAAAUUGUAGGAGCAGGUGCAGAAGCGCUUCUCUACUUUUCUACCUUUUGGUUCUUCACACCUCAUUUCAUCACCAACCUUACCCACCAAAUUCAUAUGCAUAUUUUUCCAUAUGUCAAAUCAUGUCUCCCUUACACACUUGUUCAGUCCUUUUCAGUUUUAUUUUAUAGGAUUUGAAUAUCAAGAACAAGAAGCCAAGUUAUAUAUAUAAUUUUACUUUUUUUUUUUACUUUAUCUUUUGCUAUUUUUUUACCUUUUGUUUUGUUUGAGUUAAUUAUACAAGAGAAAAAAGUAUGAUUGUCAAAGUUGAGUAAUGGAAACACUUUAUCUAUUAUGGUGAUUAUGGAAUAGAAAUAGUUGUGUUGUUGUUGUUCACUUUUUA